CUCGCGUGGUUGUUGUCUACUACUACUACCUACAUCAGCAUAUUCCUGUAGAACACCUCUCGUUGCUUGGGUUUCUUCCUUCUGCAUCCCACCGCUCUCAAUUGCUUUGUGUCACCUCUCUUGACUCUUGACCUAAAAUCUGGGUUAUCGCGCACUGCUUGCUUCCCUACCAGUCGUCAAACUGGCUGCCGCAAAGUCUCCAAUCUAUCGGAUGACCAACAGAUACCACGCAGUUACGAGUACGAGUGGUCUUACUAUGAUUGAAUAACACUUGCGUGUGAUCUUGUGCAAUAUUAGACAUAUAGCGGAACGUUAAAGCCUGUUCCGCAGAGCUUCCUCCAUCUCAAUUCCUAGUAGAGAUUCAGAACCCCUCUUCGACAUUUGGGAGUCUCUCCUGGAGACAGUCCGACAUCAAUGCCUACUCUAUCGUUGAUCAAUUUCAACAUCGUCUGUGCGACGCUAGGAGGAUUCAUCUCCCUCUUUGGGUUGGUCUCCUACCUGUUCAAGGAGAGAUUGUACCUGUCCGAAGCCUUAAUCUCUCUCCUCGCAGGAGUUGUCUUCUCCCCCCAUGCAGCCAACUUCAUCCGACCCGAGGAGUAUGCCCUGGGGUCGGAGCAGAACCUCGAGGAAAUCACCAUGUACUUCACCCGGCUCGUACUGGGAGUCCAGCUCGUCCUGGCCGGAGUGCAGCUUCCCAAGCGGUAUCUGCAGCUGGAAUGGAGGAGUCUAUCUCUCCUCCUGGGGCCAGGCAUGGCGGCCAUGUGGAUGUGUAGCAGCCUUGUGAUCUGGGCCAUGGUGCCGGAUUUCCCGUUCUUGCAUGCGCUCAUCGUGGGCGCCUGCAUCACCCCAACGGAUCCCGUGCUCUCUAACUCGAUUGUCAAGGGCAAAUUUGCCGACAAACAUGUGCCCCGUGAGCUGCAGCGCAUCAUCGUCGCUGAGUCUGGGGCUAACGAUGGGCUGGGGUACCCGUUUCUGUAUUUUGGUCUCUACUUGCUCAAAUAUGUGGAGAUGGGAGGGGAGGCGUACGGUGGCGGCGCAGGGAAGGCUAUGGGGCUUUGGUUCUAUGAGACCUGGGCCUAUACCGUGUUGUUGAGUGUGGUCUACGGCAUCACGGUCGGUUGGAUCUCUCGCGAGCUGCUCCAUUGGGCAGAGGAGCACCAUUACGUGGAUCGAGAGAGUUUCCUCGUUUUCGCCAUCGCUCUUUCGUUGUUCAUCGUGGGUACUUGUGGUCUCAUUGGCACCGAUGACUUACUUGCCUGCUUUGUGGCCGGGAAUGUGUUCACACAAGAUGACUGGUUUCGGCUGGAAACCAUGGACGACUCGUUGCAGCCGACAAUCGAUAUGCUUCUCAACCUGGCGGUUUUCAUGUGGUUCGGGGCUGUGUGCCCAUGGUCCUCGUUCCUCCACAACAAUGUCAUCCCAAUUUACCGGCUGAUCUUCUUGGGGAUCUUGAUUCUGCUCCUCCGCCGCAUGCCAAUUGUAUUCGCUAUGCACAAGUAUAUCCAUCAAAUCGAGCACCUGUACCAAGCGGGAUUUGUCGGAUUCUUCGGGCCCAUUGGCGUGGGAGCUAUUUUCUACCUGUCGGUGUGUCGGGAAUUUCUUCAAGGGAUCACGGCCAAUGGCGCUGUGCGUGAAGACGCGCAGAAAGUAUCCGAGGCGGUCGAUGUCAUCGUGUGGUUUUUGGUCAUCUGCAGCAUCAUCGUGCACGGUCUUUCAAUCCCGCUGGCCAAAGCGGGGUAUCAUCUGCCGCGAACCAUCUCGCAGGCCCUCAGCAGCAGCGCAACCCAAGAACAAGACCCUAUCCCCAUUGGGAACAUCAGUUUUACCCACAGCACCGCAACGCGCAACUCGGAGAUGUCGCAGAAUCGCGGCCGGAAACGCGGCGCUGCUACCUCUGCCAGAGACCCGCCGCAGCAGACGGUCUUCCAGAUCGGUCGCCCAGUGGUCCCAAAUGUCUCUCCGCACGAACAGAUCGGGGUUGGAGGUGCGGAUGAACCCGCCCGGCCGGUGAAUCUGGUUACUCAAGUUAAUGAGGCUGAACAUGCGGCUUGA